GUUCUAACUCAACCUUCGGCUUCUAGGGCUUUCUUCUCUACCCGGUCUUUCUCUCCCUCUCUCGAUCCGACUAUAUCAAUCAAUCAAUCGCUUUCCGAUGGCGGAGGAUCAGGCUGUGAGAUCUUCAUCGACCGAGAGAUCCACCGGCCGCGUCAUCAAGUUCAGUGACAAGAAGGGAUUCGGCUUCAUCAAGCCCGAUGAUGCCGGCGAAGAUCUGUUUGUCCAUCACAGCUCGAUUAAGUCCGACGGCGGAUACCGCACUCUCGCUGAGGACGAUCUCGUCGAAUUCGAAAUAGCUCUCGCUGACGGUAAGUGCCAGGCAAUCAACGUCACCGCUCCAGGCGGAGCUCCCGUUCAGGCCGGCAAAAGAGGCGGAGGAGACGGUUACGGCAGGCGCGGACCCGGAUUCGGCGCGCCCUGGAACCGCAGGAAUAACGGUGGUGGUUUCGGCGCCGGUGCCGGGGGUGCUGGCUGCUACAACUGUGGAAACCCUAACCACAUCGCUAGGGAGUGCAAUAAUCGCGGCGAGAAUAACAGCGGUGGAGGGAGCUGCUUCAAGUGCGGGAACGCAGGGCAUUUUGCUCGGGAAUGUACGCAGGCUGCCGUCAACGGCCGCGGCGGCGGCGGCGGCGGCGGAGGUUCCAGUGGAUCUUGCUUUAGCUGUGGCGGGUUCGGUCACUUGGCCAGGGAUUGUCCCGGUGGCGGGGGAGCUUGCUAUAACUGUGGAGGUUAUGGCCACUUGGCAAGGGAUUGCACUAGCGGAAGGAGUGUUGGCGGAGGAGGAGGCGGCGGCAGGUUUGGUUCAUCUAGUGGUUGCUUCAACUGCGGGAAGCCAGGACACCUUGCAAGGGAGUGUCCCAAUAGCUCUUGAGCGGACGGAGAAAGAAAUAUUGCUCUCUUUUUGUUUUUCCAUUCUUUUUGUGUUUGCCUCUGGUGUUUGUUCACUCGGAUUUGGUUGGCUUUGGGGAGUUUUAUAUGUAGGAUUUUGUGCUGGCGCAAGUGGGUGAUUCAAUCCUUCUCUUUCUAGGAGGAAUUGCCCAAUUUUGACACAUACAUAUUUUGGUUUGAUGGUUUGGUGGUGCUCUAGCUCGGAUGAAGGAGAUGAUUUCUGUUUUCAAUUUUCCACUCUGGUGUUCUCUUUUGAAUUCUCUGUGUUGGGUUAUUAGUAACUUUGCGGAUUCUAUCAUCUAAUCAAGCUGUUCUUACUUUCCUCAAGUGUGAAAGAUGAAUGUGUGGCAGUUGUGGGUUUGAUUUGUUGUGCAAUGCUUCUUCAUUAAGAGUUAGUCCGUGGAGGCGUGGACUAUUGAUGUUAUCUAUGUUGGUUUUCUUUGAUGAUGAUCAGGAAAGAUCAUCUUGCUCCAAUUGAAAAAAUCAGUUUCACGGAUUGAUGCCAAGAGAAAACAUCCAGGCUUUGGUAAGAAAUACCCUUUGUUAUGCUGGAGCAGUUGAUGGAAAGCAGCAGCAGAACUGGCUGUUGCUUGGAGAGGUAAUGUAAGAGUGGAGGCUCAUUGUUCAGUGGAUGCCUUGGGUUUCUUCUUGUUUUCGGCUGUAUAUGUGGGAAUUGGUCGAGAUGAAUGAUUGCUCACCACGAAAAGGGCUCCCGAGUUAUGCCGUUCCAUUGUACAUGCGAAAUGGAUACCUGGUAUUGUUAUCGUGCCUUUCUUUCUAUUCACAGCAGCAUCAUUCAUUCUAUACUGGUCAGGUUCAUGUAUAUUCAGAAUGAAUGCUUGAUGUGCUUUGACAGACAUUUCUCUAAAACUAAACUUUCUCCCUGUCUCUUUUACGUUGUUAGUUCUUGCUUUUAGGCUUUUAGCUUCUUCUCCCUCAGUUACUCCUUAAACAAAUGAACCAUCUUGUACCUAAGUUAAUGCCAGAAGAUGCCCAUUUUCUGUGUUUCCCAAAAGUUGUGUUCUUUUGCUUUCGAAUCUCUCUAGAUUUGCCAAAUUUGAGUUCUCCACUGUCAAACAUGCAUGUCGAGGCCAUUAGUUUCAGUUUGGCAUUUAAGCUGGCUGAGAGCUUUCCAUCAGGCCUGUUCCCUCUCGAGCUACUUGGAGAGGAGAUUGAUAUUUGAGGACGGGCAUGACUCUCUUGAGUGAGUCGCAAUAAAAUAUAGCCUUCUGU